AUCUUUUACGAUAACAUCCAUCACCUGAAAGUUUAUUUUGGUUUGUUUUUCUUCCAAAAAAAAAAGUUUCAAAGUUUUUCCAAAUCUUCAUCAUCAAUUCUAUUUUGACCUGUUGUUUGUGAAUUGCCCUCGUUCUCGGUCCAAGAAUAAAGAAUCCACCAUCAACAAUCAUGAAUACAUUCGGCGUAAUACGUAUUGUUUUAAUGGUAUUUUUGAUUAUCGUGUUAGUUAUGAUGAUUAUUCUAUUUUCAAGAUCUUUAAUUGGUAUUGCUAAAAAAGAUCAUGGUCGUGAUAAUGUUAAUGGUGCUAUUAGUUCAGCAUUAGUUGGUGCUAAUGUUAUUAUUGGUUUAUUAGGUGCUUAUCGACAACAUUUUCUAUUUACAUUAAUAUUUGCUAUUUUACAAACAAUUAUUAUUAUAUUUGAAUUAUUUAUUACAAUACCAAAUGGUUGGAUAUUUAUUGUACCAUGGGUUGGUUCAGCAAUACUUGCUUAUAUUAUGGCAUUUAUGAUUAAACAAGGUGGACAUGCAUAAAUGAUAUGACAGUUUGUGUUUUCCGGUUAUCAUUUAAUGAAAAUCAACCGAAAAAAAAGAUGCACCACCAUAAUAACGCCCUCAUUAUCAUUAUCCAUCGAUUGUGUUUCAAUUAAUUUUUAUUCAUUUGUCAUUAUUAUCAUCAUCAUUAU